UAGGUGUGACUCCCGUGGCUCUGCGGGCAGAUGUGUUCCCAGGAGGAGCCCUGGGGGCAGGCAGGAAAAGCCUCCGCUGCCACCCUGGAGAGCAGCAUGAGGCAGCCAGAGCAGCUGGCCUGAAAAACUGGGGAAAGAGAGAAGAACAAGAAUCAAGAAAACCUUCCACAGAGGAAGAUGUCCCUGUGAAUGAAGGGGUCCCCAGGACUCGUAAGUAAACACGCAGCCAUGAAAGGAGUGCCUGGAAAGCUCAAGCAGAAAGCCCAGCCUCAGCGCUGGCUCCACAGAGCGCCGUGAACUGGGAUGAAGAAAGUCAACUAAUGCUUCCCAGCACCAGGAUUUCAGCAGCACGGAGCCUCCCGAGACAGAGAACCGCGACGGCAAAUCCAGCAGGAUCUCCAGGCAGCAGCAGCCUCUCCGUGCAGAUGCCGUUCGAGCCCGGAUUUAUGUGAAUCCCAUUCCUCCAAACCAGCUGCGAACCCACCGUGCCUCCCGUUCCCGGACAGUGAGCGCUGCCAAGCCGUGCUGCUCCUGCCUGGGGCCAGCACCGGCGCUGCGAGAGCCUCUUCCUCACCCCAUGCAGGUGGAGAGGUGGCACAGAGCUCCCGGCACAUCCCCAGAGCUCCCGGCACAUCCCCAGAGCUCCCGGCACAUCCCCAGAGCUCCCGGCACAUCCCCAGAGCUCCCGGCACAUUCCCAGAGCUCCCGGCACAUCCCCAGAGCUCCCGGCACAUCCCCAGAGCUCCCGGCACAUCCCCAGAGCUCCCGGCACAUCCCCAGAGCUCCCGGCACAUCCCCAGAGCUCCCGGCACAUCCCCAGAGCUCCCGGCACAUCCCGGCUGAGCAGCAGAUGAGCCAGCGCAUCUCCCCAAACGAGGCGUGCUGGGGGAACAAGGGCCAGGACUCGAGACUGACUGCGUUUGCCCUCCUGCUUUACUUCUGCCGUGGAGGAAAUUUAAGCAAGAACAUGUACAGUGAAUUUCUCAAUUCAACCAGUGCCACUGAAGCUCACCUAAUGAUUCAGACCAACACUCCCUACCUGAGCAGCACUCCGAGACCCGUGAGCUCCUCCGCUCUUUACAUGUCGACAGCCAGGGUGUUAAAAGAAGGGGAAAUAAAUAAGCCAGACCUGGUGACUUACAUAAUUCUGUUUUUCUUUCUGUUCUUGACUGUGACAUUCAUUGUGUUCUUCAUAAACUGCCAGCUGAAAAAUUCUUUUUUUGCUACUCUUCCUUACGACAGAUCGCUCAGGGAGGCGAGGAACCCGUGGAGGACACAAGCUGUCUGACACUUCUCAUUCCAGCAGGAGCAGGCACCAGGAACCCUGAGCAAUGAGGUGUUAGUGCCAUGUGCAUGGAUGUGACCCCCUCUGGAGCAAUGGGCAGGAGGAGAUUGCUGAAAAUUACGCUGUAUGCCAAUCUGAGUAGCUGUAAAUAAAAAGCUCUGUUAACAACAGAGGAAAAUGCUUUAGCAAAUUGAUAGAGUUUUUGUAAAAAAUUGCCCCGUGAUUCCAGAUUAAGCUCUGUGUGUAUGCAAAUGUCAUCAUCCACCCAUUCAGUGUCCAUACAAGGAUAAUUGUAUUAACAGCAAUCUCUGAUUUGGGCAUCUGGUGGAGCUUGUUCCCCCAUGUUUAUGAAACCAAACAUCAAAUGUAAAAAAACCAGUGUAUUUACCUAACAGCUCCACUCUGAGAUGAGUUUACUUUCCAGACCCAUUUCUCCCAACUGCUGGAACUGCAUGGUGAUGCUGUGGGAGGCCUGCCAGGCAGGAGGAGAAAAUGAAAAAUGUUUAUUUAGGCUUUUGAUUGUCAUUCUGUUCAGGGUGUUUUUGAUGUUUGAAUGCGUCAUCGAUCAAGUCUUAAGUUACUACUUAUGUGAAACACUUAUUACCUACGGAAUUUAUUUUCAACUCUCACAAGCUGCAAAGGAAAUUAUUUGCCACAGCAUGAAACCAAAAUAAUCAAGAUGGGGAGAAGUGGGUAAAGAAAAUGAAUACAUUUAAUAUUAUGCAAACUAAUGAAAGGGGUGAAGAGAAUUCUCCAAGUUUGGCACACAAAGUGGGUAAGUUCUGAAAGCCAUAAAACACAGCUUUAUAGGAAUAGUUGCUGUACUGCACAGUAUCCCCACUCCUUGCUCUUCAUCUAAACCUAGCCCAAUUAGAAGCAUGAAUUAUUAAUAUGGCAACAGCUUGAUUGAACACUGGUCACUGGCAACCUCCACCUUUUCAAACUACUAACUAUCCAAUUUUGCUCUAAAAUCAGAACAAAUAAAAGCUCAUGUAUAACACUGGUAGCUGAAGAGCUAUUUUGGAGAUGCUGAUUUCUUGUAAACUUGCAGUUACAGCACAAUUCCAGAUCAAGCUGCAUGAACCUGGGAAGAGUGUCCAUAAUUCCCACAAACAGUGGGAAAAGGGAUUUUUUUUUUCUUUUCCUUUUUUCUUUAUGGCUCAACAUACAGGAGAAUCGCAGAUAUCCAGAAACACUCAGUCCUAAAUCCUAUUUUAGCUGCUGUUUUGGGUACUGGAUCAUCUGAAAUGGGGUUCAAAGUGGUUUCAGAUGCUGCUCCUAACUCUGUUCUUGACCUGCAGAGUACACCAGAGGCAUUGCAUGUAAAUAUGCAUAAAUAACUUAUUUCAUCCAAAUGAGGAGAUUUUACAAUGCAAUUACACACACAUACAGGCUUGCACUUGAGAACACAGACAAAAUGUGUAUAUGUGGAAGUCAGUUUGCAAGCUUUUUCUUUUUUAAUCCAAAAAUUUAACAGUUGAUAACACUUCCAUGUCCUUGUCUUUGCUACCAUGUUUUAUUUUGCUCAAAUAAGCUGAACUACUACAUAAGAGAUUUCAGUAUUUUAUUCCUUGUUACGUGGCCAAUACUUCCUCUGAACCAAAUUUAACUGGUGUAAUUCCAAGCAGUUACUCUAAUGCAGAAAUCAACAAUAAAUCCAAGUGUAUUUCUCUCAGCCCUUUUUGAAUAAAUCAA